GUCGGAAGUGCCGCCCGGGCCCCCUCUCCAGGUCGGGGUCUUUCCGAGGCUGAUCCCCAUUUCGGGGAGCCGCGAGAGUCCACGCGAAUCGUGAGGGAGGCGUGCCGCGCCAGGCCGCGCGCGGCGUCCGGGUGUCGUAAUCACCUGCCUCUCCUGGCUCCCGGCGCCGCCGGCCACUCCAGAGGGUUUCCAGAGUCGUUUCGCACUUCGGGGUUGCGCUCUCAGCCGGCGUCCGCGGCGGGAGAACCGUCUCCUGGCCGCCCCGGCUGCGGGAAGCAGCUGACAGCAGCGCUCUGCUCGGCGGCCGGCACCCGCGGAGCGGGCGGAAGGCAGAGCGGCUGAGUGAAUGGCGAGCGGGCUGGGCGCGCCGCUGCUGCUGGCCGUGUGGGCCGCACUGGAGGUGGCAGGUUUUCUGGAAGUGGAGAUGGCAGGGAAGACUCAGGUCGUGUUCCUCAAUGAUGAUGUCACCAUCUACUGUAAGAUCCCCGGUUCCCCACUCCUGGACAGCAGCAUCAUGGGUGUCAUGUGGUUUCGGAAGAUUCAAGGAUCGGCAAUGGAAGCCAGGCUCUUUGAGUAUUAUGGCGAUCACCAAGCGGCCUUCCGACCUGGAGCCAGCGUGCCUCUUGAGCUGCUGGAGAGGGGAGACGCCUCACUGCGGCUGCCUGCGAUCCAGCUCAGGGAGGCCGGAGAGUACCGCUGUGAGGUGGUGGUCACCCCCCAGAAGGCAGAGGGCGUAAUCCAGGUGGAAGUUGUGGCUUCCCCAGCCGGCAAAGUAACUCUGGACCAAGCCCCAACGAAAGAAAACAGAUAUGUACGUGUGGUGUGCAAGUCAGCUGGGUUCUACCCUGAAUCCAUUAACGUAACUUGGGAGAAGUGGACCCAGAAGGCUCCCCAGCACCUACAGAUUUCCGAAGGCAUCUUCACUGGCCCUCCGGUCAAGAAUGAGGAUGGGACGUUUAAUGUUACUAGCUACUUGAUGCUGAAGUCGCCAGUGGAAGCUGAUGGGGCCAUCUACCAGUGCGUGGUGGGACACAUAUCCUUGCACACCUCCCAGAGGUUCAGCCUUCCAGCGAUUGAGACAGCAGAAUCUGCAACAGGAAACGUCUUUGGGAAUAAUUUCUACUCUAUUCUUGUGGCAACUGCAGUUAUUGGACUGAUUUUUUAAACUUUUUUAAUUUUUAUUUUAAUUUAAAAUAUUUAUUUAUUGAUUUGAAAGUCAGUUACACACACACACACACACACAGAGAGAGAGAGAGAGAGAGAAGUCUUGCAUCCGAUGGUUCACUCCCCAAUUGGCCGUAAUGGCCAGUGCUGCGUCGAUCUGAAGCCUGAAGCAGGAUUUUCUUCUGGGUCUCCCAGGUGCUGUCGGAAUACUAAUGCAUCCAGCAGUGAUAUUAGUUGACAAAGAAGAUGUGGUACAAGGGGUUAAGGUGCUACUUGCAAUGCCAGCAUCCCAUAUCAGAGUACUGCAUUGAGUCCCAGCUGCUCCACUUCCAAUCCAACUCCCUGAUAAUGUGCCUGAUAAAGCAGUGGACCCUGCACCCAUGUGGGACAACUGGAUGGAGUUCUGGCUCCUUCCAAAUUGCAACUCACGGAACGGGCUUCCAUCAGAAGACAACUCUCCAAUGCCAUGUGAACAAAUGUACUGAAAUCAGCAGAGCUGACAGAGCCAACUGUCAAAGGCAUCAGAAAUAUUUCUUUAAAGAGCCAGUGCUUCAGGUUGGCUUGUUAGGCAGCCCAAGUAACUGAUACAGCUCCUCAAGAAAGAGUAUUUGACCAAAGGAGUGUGGUAGCCAGAGAGGUGUGGCUUACCGAGACCCUGUUUGGGAGGCAGCGUAGUCAGCCACCGGGUGCCAGCCAUAGCACCUCAGGUCUGCUGCAGUGUUUGAGCUGAAGCCACAUCCACUCUGGACAGCUCCAGCUCCACGCCAGGAGCCGCCUCUUGGAGUGGCCCAGGUGGCCUCUAGCUAUAGCCUGAGGUCCUUUCCCCUCAGUCUUCCCUCCUGCCUCCUGCCUCUCUCUCUUCACUUGCAUAUUGGUCUGGGGCUUUUUCCUCCUACUUGCUCCUCCCUUUAUGUUUCACAGGAAUCACCCUCAGUAACUCUCCGCCUGGAGAACUGCUUCCCAGAAGACCCAGUGUGAAGUACUGCAGUGGGGGAAACGCUGAGUGCACGGCUUCUUUGAGGUGAAGGCCACGGGCAGGUCUCAUCCAGACAGGUGGCAGAGACCAAAAGGUUUUAGAGAAUGCAUGCGUCAUUCACAUGGCUUUUUGCAAUCACCCAGAGAACCUGCCCCAGUGGGGACUGCUCAAGCUGCCCUCUGUGGGGCACAAUUACAGAAGGCUUUCAUUCUUCUACUUCCAAGAUGGGUGGGAAACCAGAGGCACAGUAAGAACUAAACAAAAUACGAUGAGAGUCUCAGUCAGAACUGGACUGUAUUUCUCUGGAUUACCUGGCGGCUAUCUCCCUACCUCUACAACGACGGUGCUAUAAGAACAACUCAGGGGCCGGCAUUGUGGCAUAGCAGGUAAAGCUGCUGCUUACGAUGCCCGUAUCCCAGAUGGGUGCUUGUUUGAGACCCAGCUGCUCCGCUUCCAAUCAAGCUCCCUGCUAAUGCUCCUGAGAAAGUAGCAGAAGAUGGCCCCUGCACCCACGUGGGAGCCCCGGAAGAAGUUCCUGGCUCUUGGCUUCGGCUUGGCCCAUCUUUAGAUGGAAGAUUCUCUCACUCUUCCUCUCCCUGCCCCCCAACUCUGCCUUUCAUACAGAUAAAUCUUAAAGAACAAACAACUGGAAUUGAUCAGAUGAUGUAAAGAAUAAACAGAGGCAGAGCUGAACUCAAAGUCUGGUUUGCCAAAUUGAUAGCAAUUACAUAUAACUGUAUUUUUAAUGAUAUCAUGACUGUUUUAAAAUCUCUGCACUGAAGCUGAACACUUGUUCAUUUGAUUGUUAUUUAUUCCCUAACCUAUUUUCUUCUGGAAAAUCUACUUAACUAUUUAUUAGAACCCUUAAGACUUUGACUAUAAUGUAAGUGCAAAUAUGUUGUCUCGAGAAAGUAGUAGGGAUUUUGCUUCCCUUGGAGCCCCC